AUGAAGGAGUCAGAUUACACAUUCCACGCCUACGGCCGUUCCGAAGGCGUGUGCGGUCUCAUGAUCACCGACCACGAAUACCCCUCCCUCGUAGCCCACCAGCUUCUCUCCAAAGUUUGCGACGAGUUCCUCUCCAAAUACCCGCGCUCCGCUUUCGCCAACGCGACCGAAUCAGCCAACAUGUCUUACCCCGAGCUCAAAGACUACAUCGUCAAGUACCAAGACCCACAACAGGCCGACAGCAUAAUGAAGAUCCAAAAAGAGUUGGACGAGACCAAGAUUGUGCUACACAAGACCAUCGAGAGUGUGUUGGAGCGAGGAGAGAAGAUUGACAACCUAGUUCAGAAGAGUGAUGAGCUGAGUGCAUCGAGCAAGAUGUUCUACACACAGGUGAGUGCUCAAGAGCUGGCAACUAAAAGCUCGGUCAUGCUAACACAGUCACAGGCUAAGAAGCAAAACUCUUGCUGUAUUGUCAUGUAA